AUGCAUGGUUCUCAGAAUGGAGGACCAAAUACACCUCCAAUGAUGGUGAACCAAACGAUGCCCAUCAUGCCAGUGGCAGCAGCAGGUGCUCCAGGUGUACCUGGUCCCACCACAAACUUAAAUAUUGGUAUGGACUACUGGGGUGCUGCAACUUCUUCCACUCUUCCUGCACUGCGUGGGAAGGCGCCUCCUACUCCAGUUGCAGGAGGAAUGGUCACUGCUGGAUCACGGGACAGUGUUCAGUCACAGCUUUGGCUACAGGUGAUAUCAAAUGCCACAAAAGAAGUUAAAAAAAAGCAACAAAUGAAAGAGGCAGAGAAUACAAGACAACGUGAGGAGAUGCAGCAGCAGCUUUUUGGAGUUCAGAGCAUGUUGGCACAAUUUUUGGAAAAUCGCAAUCCACCAAAUUCUCGACAAUAG